CAUGCAAUAUUCUUAGUAUAAUAGAAUCAAACCACUUGGAGAGGGUGCUUAUGGUAAAGCUUAUUUGGUUAAAGAUAUAAAUGAUGGGUAUAAAGGUUGUAAUUUAUUGUAAGUUCAUUGUGGGUUCAAAAAUAAAUAGACAUUAAUGUGAUGACAGAAAAAGAGAAGAUGGAAACCUAUAGAGAGUUUAAAGUGCUAUAAUAACUCCAGCAUCCAAAUAUCAUCAGGUUCAGAGAUGUAUACAUUACGACCUAAGGGAAACUCUGCAUCAUCAUGGAAUAUGCUGAUAGUAAAUGAAUGUCCCUAGUCUACUUUAGGAGGUGAUUUGGGUUACGUUUUAAAGAGCUAAAAUGGAAAGCAGCUACCAGAGAUAUAAAUUUUGGAUUGGUUUACUCAAAUAUGUUUGGCCCUUAAACAUGUUCAUGAUCGUAAAAUCUUACAUCGAGAUUUGAAAUGCUAGAACAUAUUUAUUACUAAAAAUAAUCGUAUUAAGUUAGGUGAUUUUGGAAUUGCCAGAGUACUAUCACACACCUUAGAGAAUGCAAAAACCUAAAUAGGAACACCUUACUAUCUUUCUCCAGAAAUUAUUGAAUCUAAGCCUUAUUCAUAUGCAGUAUUUAUUUUAUUUAACUAAGAGUGAUAUUUGGGCUAUAGGUAUUGUUUUAUAUGAAAUGUGCAUGUUGAAACCUCCUUUUGAAGCUGAGAGUUUGCCAUUUCUUUGUCUAAAAAUUUGUAAAGGUAGUUUUCCAAAUAUCUCAUAAAAUUACUCAUCUGACUUAAAUGCCAUUAUUAAAUAAUUACUAUAAUCAAAUCCAAACAGAAGACCAACCAUCAAUAAAAUAUUAAGUAAGUUAAUUUCAUUUAAUUUUAGAAAUGCCUAUAAUUGUAAAAAGAAUUAAAGAAUUUUUAAGUUAAAGUAUUUAAAAAAAUGAAUUCUCUCAUACAGUUUUGCAUAAUUAAGUAAAUUUAUUUAUUUUUAAAUCAAGAAAUUAGAUAUAGAUGCUAAUAUUACUGAAAUCAAAGUUCUUGAUGAUCUACCUAAACCACCUAGUCUUGUUAAUUAAUAAUAAAGUGGACCUAUAUAUUAAAAUCCAGUUCCUCUUGUUAAAGCUAAUAAUUCUACUCCAAAUAACAUUUAAAAUACUCCAAAACCUGCCUAACCUAAAUAAGUUUAAUAGGCUUAGAAACCAUAACCUUCUAAAAGAGAAAGAUCUUUUACACCAUAAAAGAAUUAAAUAUAGAAAAAAAAUAAUAUUUAAGUAUCUAAAAAUAAUCCUAUUAUUAAUCUUGCUAAAAAUGACAAUAAAAAGAAAGUAGAUUAAGUUUAAUCAAAUAAUCAAAUUCCAUAAACUAAAAGAGAUUCACAAAUUGAUUAAAAUCCUAAAAAAGCUAAAUUAAUGAAUAAUGUUAGUUCACCUUCAUUAUAAUAAAAAUAACCACUUUAAAAACCAUAAUUAUAAUAAUAACCUUCUUAAUAAUAGUUAAAAUAAUAAUAACCUUAAUAAAAAAUUGAAAGUUUUGAAAAUAUAAAUGAAUAUGAUGAUACUGAAUAAGAUGAAGUAUAAAUGGAUUAUGGAAUUAAAUUUGAUUAAUCUGAUGAUAAAAAUGCUAUUGAAGAUGCUAAAAUUUGUGCUAAAAUGGAAGAAGCUGUAAAAAAAAUGUUAAUUUUUAUUAUUAGUUAAUUGAAAAAGAAGAAGUUGAUGAAAAAUUUGAAUAAACAAAGUAACGAAUUAUGGAAAGUGAAGUUGAAGGGAAAAUACUUUAUGAAGAAGAAGAAUUAGAAAUUUCACCUGACAAUGUAAAACCUGUUAGCGAAUCAAGUUAAUUAUCUUUCCUUGGCAAAUCGAAUGGAGUACUUCAAUUAAAGACACUAUUAGAAUAAGUAUUAGGAGCAGAUAAAACAUAAUAAGCUUUUAAAAUAUUAUUAAAGUAAUAUUAUUUUUAAUUAGAGUGAAUUGAAUACAAAACCUUUAGAAGAUGUAGAAAAAAAUGGUUAAAAUAAUUAUCAGAAAUUGCUACCUUUUUUAACUUUAGAAGAACGUAAGAAUUUUGUUCCGCUUCUUUUUUAACUAAUAGUGUUAACAUAAUGA